ACGCAUCACGGGAUCGAGAUUUGUACGUAUUCCUGCGUGUGACGUCACUCCCCUUAGUAACCCUCGGCGGCGUCUCCAGGAGAGAAGCUACAAGAUGGGAUUGCUGUCCAUCCUGCGGAAGCUAAAGAGCACACCGGACCAGGAGGUGAGGAUACUGCUGCUGGGGCUGGACAACGGAGGGAAGACCACCCUGCUGAAACAGCUGGCGUCCGAGGACAUCAGCCACAUCACCCCCACACAGGGAUUCAACAUCAAGAGCGUCCAGUCUCAGGGUUUUAAGCUGAAUGUCUGGGACAUUGGAGGCCAGAGGAAGAUCAGGCCGUACUGGAGAAACUACUUUGAAAACACUGAUGUGUUGAUCUAUGUCAUCGACAGCGCAGACAGGAAGAGGUUCGAGGAAACCGGUCAGGAGCUGGCUGAGUUGCUGGAUGAAGAGAAGUUGAGCGGCGUUCCUGUUCUCAUCUUUGCAAACAAACAGGAUCUGCUGACCGCCGCCCCGGCCUCGGAGAUCGCAGAGGGUCUCAACCUGCACACCAUCCGCGACCGCAUGUGGCAGAUCCAGUCCUGCUCCGCCCUCACCGGGGAGGGGAUUCAAGAGGGGAUGAACUGGGUCUGCAAGAGCGUCAACUCCAAGAAAAAGUAGCUUCUAGUCUUCUGCUCCUCAGGAGGAAACGACAGCAGCAGCACACACAAACACAGACACACACACACACACACACACACACACACACUCCUGAGCCUUAGUACGAUGGGAUAUACCUGUGAAUGUAAACACACUACUAAUCCAACAUGGACUUGGAGUUUCACCCCCUGCAUUCCUCUAUCACUGUUUUUACCAAUCCCAACACAUCAUGCUCUACUGGUCUCUAGAAAGAGGAGAGGUGGUGGUGGUGGUGGGGGGGCUGCCGGAGGGGCCCAUGCCAGGAAGUCCACCCCCGCUGCUCCUCCGCAGUCCACCUACGUCACCACCAGUGUCCCGGCCAAUCCCAGUCUCCGUCCGCAGCCCGUCACAACCUCAAACAUUCCCGUUAAAACGCUCUUUCAUUGGAAUUCCAGCUUCUUCUCUUAACUGUUUCGCCCGCUGUCCUGGAAACCAGCUCAACCCCCCCCCAUCACACACCUCCACCCUCCAAUCUCCAUCUCCGUGUCAUUCCGUCAGUUUUCUUUUCUUUUUAUCAUUCCACAUCGGCUGUAAGCGCGUUUCCUGCUCUGUUUGAAGUGAGGUAUAUUUUUGUAACUGUUUUAUUUAUGGUGAAGUAGCCGUAGAGUGCUUUGAAAACAACAACCAGUGUGUGUGUGUGAUUUUAAGGAAGUUUGAGAAAACGGUUUCAACUCUCCCCUAUAAAGAAUAUUACUGUACAUGUUAAUAUGUAUAAAAAAAAGAUUAUGAGGAACUACAUUUUUUUUGGGAUCAAAUGUAAAUAGCUCAGCCCUGUGUUCAUGUGUUAGGUUAUGCACAUGUUAUAGAGGAUUCGUUACACUGCUGUACUUGGUAAUCUAUAAUGUUUGCAUUUCUAAUAUGUGCUGGUAGAUUUUUAACAGAGGUAUGUACUGUAUGUCCCGAUGCAUUACCACGUGCGCUCCGGGCUCGUGAGGGAAUCCACUCGUUGGACGUCUCCUUUUGAUAUUCUUGAAUGUAAUCUGUCCAGAAUUGAAGGUACUGUAGGUGAAUUAAAGCGUGUCUCAGAAAU